AAACAUUAUUGCCUCCAAAUUAACGAAAAAGUAUACAAGUGAGAAAAAAACAUAAGUAAAUAAACCAUAAACCAGAGAGAAUACAUAAUGCAGAAAUUCAUAUUAACGCCUAGUCGAUUGAAAGUUUUUAAAAUUCUUCUAUACAUAUACUGGAUUUGUUCAAGUUAUGUACAGUGUAUGCGAUAUAAUACUGUCUAUCAAAAUGAUGAUGUACCUUCGGUGUAUAAAAUGCCUAAAAAGCAUUCAAUGAAACUGAAGGUGUUCAUUGAAUGUCGACGUGAUUGUUCAAAUAAGUGCAAUCAUAGUUUAUUUGUGUACUUAGCCAAUGAAAAUGAAUGUUAUACCUGUUUAAUUGAAUGUAUGUCUGCAUUCACCCAACAAGCAGAAAAAGUUGGAAUUCAACUGAAGGAUAUGAAGAAAUCAAAUGAUGUCAAUCUGUUGUCGGAUAGUCUUUAUGCACCUGGAAAGAAAGUAAGACGUCGCCAUCUACGUCAGGAUUAUUUAACACAAGAUCAAUUUAGAAAGAGAUCAGACUGAAGAAUAAAACAAUGAUAUAUAUAUAAAUAAAUAUGUAACAGAAAUAAGUAGUAUAGUUCAUAAACCAUAUGUUCGGAAAAUUAUCCAUGUCAAUAAACAACUAGCAUCUCAACAAUUUUCUAUCACUAUGAUUAUUGCUACUACCAUUAUAAUUAAUAAUAUUUUUAACCGCUGAAUAGUAUAUCACUUAUGAUCAUAUAACAAUCUCUUGUAAAAUUUGACAUCAUUUUGUUUUAAUCACUUUCAUUAUUUAAAGAGCGCUCAUUAUGAACAUUUCUUCCACUAUUACUAUACGCUAAUUAUAAUUACCUCAUUUUUAAAACAAGUAUUAUUUCAUGUACACGUUUGAGAAACAAUAAAUAUGUAUCAUUAAAUUGCUUGUCG